CCUCUGGAAUGUUAACAAUGCAGUAAGUGUCCAACUUUGUACUGCAUUCUAAUUCUGCCGUGAGUGGCGAGAAAAUGGAGGACAAUCCCAUGAUUUUCACUGUGUGCUUUAUAUGAGAGGACUUCGAAAGACGAUCCCCGGGCAACAAAACACCAGACAGAUAAGCUACAACUUUACUGAAGUUUAAAUCAGUUCCUUGGAUUAAGGUACCACUAAAAUCACAUGGCAAAGAUGCAUACCAGACUGGGAUGGAACAAGUACGCAGACGUUACCCCUCACAUGUCUUGGGAGGAGGGGGAGUGUGAGCCCUGAAAGGGGUGCUGGGAUGUGAGUAGGCCAGCAUCCAGCACGAGCCAGAGCCAAAGAGGCAGCAGCAACAAAGACGAGCGGCAACAGGAAUCCUAAUCUUCCCUUUGCAUCUUUCCCAUUGCAGCCUGUUAUCUAUUCAGGUCAGACUGAGUCUGGUGUGAAGAAUUUGUGUGUACGGGCCGCGUUCACUCAUGAGGCCUAAGACGUUCCCUGCCGCCCCAUAUGUGGGCAACACUCGCCAGCGCCUGCAGGAGAUCAAGGAGGGACUGAAACAACCUGCAAAGCUGGUGAGCCAGGCGCUUCAUGGAGGGAGCGCUCGAGGGGAGGGGGGCAGAGGUGGGGACUCUAAGGGCAAAGACCAAGCUGGAAGGCAACAACAGCUCCGGCAGCCUCAGAAGUUCAACAACUACCAAAAUGCCCUGCGAGAGAUCCGCAAGUCUCUAUUGCCUUUUGCCAACGAAUCAGGCCCGGGAUCCAGCUCAGGACAUCCUGGUGAAGUCAAUAGGCAGAUGCUGCAGGAUCUUGUCAACGCUGGUUGUGAUCAGGAAAUGGCAGUCCGUGCCCUAAAACAGACCGGCAGCCGUAACAUUGAGGCAGCAUUGGAAUACAUUAGCAAAAUGGGCUACCUGGACCCUCACAAUGAACAGAUUGUACGUGUCAUCAAACAGACUUCCCCAGGAAAAAAUGGCAUGCCAAAUUUAAUGGACCACAGGGCGGCAAUGGAGGGCACUGGGGAUGGUGCAAUGCCACCUUAUCACCAAAUGGGAGCACCACUGUAUGAGGGAGCUGGUUAUGGGGCUGAGGGUGAGAUGACACGUGCAUACAUGGGUGGACCACCUGUCAUGAACUACAUGCCACCGCCUGCUAACCCUUCACAGGGUCCUACCAUGGGAAACCCAAUGGGUCGUCCUGCAAGCAUGGGUGCCUACUCCACAAGCAUGGCUCCCCAAAAUAACCCUGGAAACCCUAUGUACACCCCUGGUCCAGCCCAGCAAAAAGGCUACCCUGGUGGAAUAGACCAGGCCAUGAUGGGCUACAGUGUGCCUGGACCACCUAUGCAAAUCCAGCCUCAGCCUUCGGGAGGUCCUGGCACACAUUAUGACUACAGGCCUCAUAUGAUAGAAGCACCCAGCUACGGGGUAAAACGAAGUGCUUCUUUCCAGAAUAAGAUGACCUCACUAACAUCUGAAAACUAUGUUAAUAUGCCAGGCAAAGGAGCAAUGGGCCAAAACACUGGUGGCUACCCUCCAAACUUAUAUCUUCCACCACAUUCGCACCCACGUCAAGCCAGUCCCACCUCACACCAAGUUCACAUGAUGCAGCGCUCCCCUGGAGCUAUGGGAGGUGAGUUUUCCGAUGUUCCUCAAGGCCUCCUCACACCUUCCAGGGCCAGUCUGAAUCUCGACCUCUAUGAACAUCACUGGCCAGGAGCCCAAGGUCCUGAGGGGACACCUCCAACCAGGCAGCCACAGGGACCCUUUAGAGGGGAGGUACGUGUCCCCAGCCGGACCAAUUCUUUCAACAACCACCAGAAGGUGACAGUGAGGCAGGCAUUGCCUCCCACAGCUAGUGUUGCUGGCAAACAGGAUGCAUCUUUGGGUCCGCCUAACACAAUAACUGCAGUGACCUCUCCACCAAUCCAGCCGCCUGUUAAGAGUAUAAGGGUCAUGAGGCCUGAGCCGAAGACAGCAGUGGGACCAUGCCAUCCAGGGUGGCUGAGUGCACAAGCUCAGGAUGCUCCAGAGUCUCACGGAUACAUGCCAGAUGAGACUUUUACUCUGGAGUCCAAUCAAGAACACAGAUGUCCUCCUCCACCCUACCCUAAAACACUGCUCCUGCCUGGAUCUGGACCUGAGCCUGCAUCCCUGGAGACUGGAGCCAUGGGUGGAUUUCAAGAUGUCAAUGCUACAAGUAGAACAGUCCAGAGUGCCUCAGUAGGAAAGCAAGAGGAACCAGUCUCCAAAGACAAAGUGAAGACAGGCAAAGGCGAGAAAGCAGUGAAGGAUAAGAAGCAGAUUCAAACCUCACCUGUGCCUGUGCGAAAAAAUGCCCGUGAUGAAGAGAAGCGGGAGUCACGCAUUAAGAGUUAUUCUCCCUUUGCCUUUAAGUUCUACAUGGAGCAGCAUGUGGAGAACGUGAUGAAGACCUAUCAGCAGAAACUCAAUCGCAGGAUGCAGCUGGAGCAAGAAAUGUCUAAGGCUGGCCUUUCAGAGGCAGAGCAGGAACAGAUGAGAAAGAUGCUAUACCAGAAGGAAUCCAAUUACAACCGACUACGACGUGCCAAGAUGGACAAGUCGAUGUUUGUCAAAAUCAAGACACUUGGCAUUGGGGCCUUUGGUGAGGUGUGUCUUACACGCAAAGUGGACACAAGCGCCCUAUAUGCCAUGAAGACUCUACGAAAGAAAGAUGUUCUGAACCGAAACCAAGUAGCCCAUGUGAAAGCAGAACGAGAUAUCUUGGCAGAGGCUGACAAUGAGUGGGUAGUCAGGUUGUACUACUCAUUUCAGGACAGAGACAGCCUGUACUUUGUCAUGGAUUACAUUCCUGGAGGAGAUAUGAUGAGCUUGCUGAUCCGUAUGGGGGUUUUUCCAGAGCCCUUAGCCAGGUUCUAUGUGGCAGAACUAACACUGGCCAUCGAAAGUGUGCAUAAGAUGGGCUUCAUCCACAGAGAUAUCAAACCGGACAACAUCCUAAUUGACCUGGAUGGACACAUCAAGCUGACUGAUUUUGGUCUGUGUACUGGGUUCCGUUGGACCCACAACUCAAAGUAUUACCAAAAAGGGAACCAUAUCCGACAAGAUAGUAUGGAGCCAAGUGACUUUUGGGAUGAUGUUUCCAACUGCCGUUGUGGUGAUCGGCUGAUGACUUUGGAACAGCGGGCAACUCGACAACACCAGCGUUGUCUGGCACACUCUCUGGUGGGCACUCCGAACUACAUUGCCCCUGAGGUGCUUCUGCGCAAAGGAUACACACAGCUGUGUGACUGGUGGAGUGUUGGAGUAAUCCUGUUUGAGAUGCUGGUUGGCCAGCCACCUUUCCUUGCUCCAACCCCAACAGAGACGCAGCUUAAGGUGAUAAACUGGGAGAACACUCUGCAGGUGCCUCCACAAGUAAAACUGAGCCCAGAGGCAGUUGACAUCAUCGGUCGACUCUGCUGCUCAGCUGAAGAGCGUCUAGGAGGAAACGGAGCUGGAGAGAUAAAAGCUCACCCUUUCUUUGCCGAGAUGGAUUUCUCUAGCAAUCUUCGUACACAACCUGCUCCAUACAGACCGAAGAUUGCCCACCCCAUGGAUACAUCCAACUUUGACCCUGUGGAAGAGGAGGGGGGCCCAGGGGCCUGGAGUGACAGUGGAGACAGCACCCGCACUUGGGACACCCUCUGUUCUCCUCAUGGAAAACACCCUGAGCAUGCCUUCUAUGAGUUCACCUUCCGAAGGUUUUUUGAUGAUAAUGGCUGUCCAUUCCGUUAUCCCAAGCCCCCCGAGGCAACCCAAGACCUGCCCAGCAGUAGUGGGGCUGGUGGCCUGAAACCUAAGCUGGAGGAAGAAGAGGUUCAUGAAGAGGAAGAGCAAGGAGAAGGGUGUGAGCCGGUUUAUGUGUGAGGAUGUUGGAUUGGGUGUUCAUGCUGCUCUGCGUUUACCCAUAGAGGACCUCGCCAGUUAACACGCUGCAUCUCCUAAACAUCCUUUCAACCCUACUUUUUCUUCAGGGUAUUUUUGUACAGGUUAAAUGCAUGGAAGAACAUCAAAAAUAGAGUGGAGAAAGUUCCAUGUGAAAUGUGUUUAUUCCUUCAAAAGCAUUAUGCUGUAUCCUUUGCCUGUUAAAAAUGACUGAAGUUCUGACCUGGGACCAAGGAAUUACAUGCAGCUUAGUUCAUGGGGACGUUGGUGGGACUGAUAAAGUUGGCUACUCUUCUAUGAGAACACAAAAACAGAUGUGUGUAGCUGCUGCUCUGUGGUUUGUCAGUCAAACCACUCUACUCUUAUGGUUGGUGGGGUCAGCGUUGACUGUGCCCCAUUCCUUUAUUCCACUGGGGGAAAAUAUCCCAGUCUUACGUCAUAUUUUAACAAUACCUUCACCUCUCGUAGCCUGGUGAUGCUAACACAGCCAUUCCAAACACCAGAGGUCAUGGUGAGGGAUCAAAAGAGAGCUGGGCUUGGGAUGAUAGCUCUAUGGUCAGGUUGCAAUUAGGAGACAUGCCAAGAAAGAAACAUCACAAUUCUCCUCCGUAGUGCAAGCCCACAAAAUUAUAAAUGCAUAUACAUGCGACAUGAUGUCAGUCACAACUAUGGAGGUUUGCUUUUUUUUUUUUUUUUUUUUUUUUAGUUUAUGAAAAAAAACCCUGACUUUUAUAGUAAAAUUCAGAAGCAUUUUCUGAAGUAUGGAAGACAGAUUUGCAGAUGUCCUACCGUGUGAUCCUAGUCAUUUUCAUUUUUCCAAAACAAAAAUCUUUUAAAAGAUUUUGUGGCGCCACCAAGUGGUUCAAAGUGACACUGUCGUGCAGCUUGUUUUAAAGAUUUGUCAACUUUAAUGAACUGACAGUAUUAGGUCACUUCUUAAUGCAAAAUCUGUUCAAAACAUCAUGCAGUAUUUUCAGUUAAUUCAAUAAUCACAUCUUUUUUGUAAAUAUUAUACAGUUAUACGCCUUAUCAGGUCAAACGGUGCUUUCAGACAACGCAAUAUUGAGAAUGUUUUACAGCCAGCACUUCAAGAACAUGGGAUUUUAAAACUCCCAUUAUUGUUAAAGGUUUUAUAUAAACAUCUUUUAAAUGUCAUUAGAAAGAAAUUCAGAUUUCAUACAUGUGGUUAUAAACAAUGUCAAAAAAAUUCACAAUAGGGAAAAUUAAGAUUUUAAGGAGAAAAUUAAAAAGGUCUGAACCUGCGUUUUCUUUGCUUGUGAGAAAUAUGCAUGGUAAUUCAACGAAAUGCCACAAAAAACAUUGCAAUAUUUUUAUUUUGCAUUAAGUGUGUUAGUACUGUUUUAUUAAUUUGAUGACAAAUUACCUGGCUUGAUUUCUUGUAUUUACUAAGGCUUACUAUACCUGUUCCCAAUAGUUGCUUUACAUUCAUCUGCUGCUUUAAGUGUAUCUAAGAUGUGCAUCACACAUAGAGGUUUGCUGCAGACAUGCAAGUGGCCAUCCAGAACAAAUCAGCAGCAUAACAGUUUUCAACAGCUGGGUGUCCAGCUAUUUCCUUUUCUUGUUGCGCAGAAGUUUUCAUAUGCUUUUCAUUGUAUAACUCUUGUCUGCUUUAUCCUUUUGCUGUUUCCCAGAAUAUCUUAAUUGCAUUUAGUUUCAUAAGAAGAUCUUAAAAAGUCAGACGGGUGGUUUUUGUUGUGUGUGUUCAUGCUCAUCCAGAUCCACUGGAAAUGAUCUUGUCUGUCGCCAUCAGUGAAUCAUUAGAACAAUUGCAAAAAUGUUUUGUCUUUGAGGCUGCUUCUGCACCAUUUCAAAGUGAUCACACAGCACAGUAUUAUAACAAGACAGUCUAUGACUGAAGUGUAAAUAAUACUUGGAGGCAAAAACCUUUUAAGAAGUGGUGAAAAUGUGGCGAACGAAAAGACAAAUGUAUCUGAUGGUAUGACUAUGUGCAAUACAGAAAAUACAUUAUAUAGUUUUCUAAAUACAAUAAAUAGCCUUUAAAACUUUAAAACUGAAUUAUGCUAUCUUAAAGUAUAUAUUAUAUUGAUUUAUAUAUUUUCAGUAUAGUUUCAUGACCCAAUGCUGCUUAUUGUUAUUAAUAUUACACUAUAAAGUAUCAUUAUCAUCAUACUUUCAUUUAUACUUUCUCUCUCUUUUUGUAUAAAGUGUGAUUUUGAUUGUCAGUAUGAUUGAUCUGGUGUAAGACGAACUGUGUGCCUUCUAAUGAAUGUGUGGGUGUGUGUACCACGUGCUGAUCAGUAUUUCAGGAGAAGAUGGAAAAGGCCUUCGCUUCUUGCUCUCAGGCCGGUCCUGAGGGUGAGGGAGGGGGUGUUUUUGGUGGAAUAGCCUGAGAAAGACAAAAAAAAGAAGCAAGAAUGAAUGAUUGUCGUUGGGACUCUGAAGGAGAAAUGUAUGGAUGUCAUAGCAGGAUGAAUAUGUAAACGCUUUGUAUGCAUUUGAUCAGUGAUAAGGAUUGUUUUGAAUUUCUGCGAGAAGUCCAUUUAAUAUUGUCUUUCUAAGAUCUAAUCAUUUGUGGUGAUAAUGUGUCACUGCAUAAAAUGUUCUCUGUAUUAGUUAUUAUCUUUCAAGCUGACUGACAAUCAUGUGGUUACGUGCUUGCAGUCAAUAUUGUCUAAAAACCUGUACGACCGCUGACUAUAAGAGCUUUAAAAAAACAUUUGAUGAUGAUCAUUUCAUAUUUGCUUUAUAUAUUGUAUCAGUACGAUCACUCCUAAAAGUUAAGUGAAACCUUAACAAACAUUUUGUAAUGUUAAUGUAUAUGCCAAGUCAAAUUGGUAUUGUGCCUUUGGUCCAAUCAAAAAAGUUGAUUGAGCUGUAUGGAGUGUGAAAGCAAGUGUGGCAGAUGUUUUGCUACCCCAUAUUCGUCAGAAUGGACCACUCAGUGAAAAAGCAUGAGCUUUCUAUGAAUCUCUCAGAGAGUCAGGUUUAGGGUUUGAAUGUAAUGCGUGUGCUGUGCUUAGGAUGGAUUCUGUGUUUUACUUUUGAAAAUGUUGACUGACAAUCUUUGACUGUAUUUAGAAUUGUGUGAUGAUGGGAUUUUUCCUCUAAUGUAUGUUUUUGUAUUUUAAUGGAUGAAUGGGUUGGGACUUUUUGACGUUUGUAAUCUUUUAACUGUAUUAUAUAAUACUGUUACUAUUGAACAUAUAUUUAUACAGAUAUACAUAUUUUUUGUAUCCUUUUAUUCUUAUUUUUCUCUUUUCUGAGCUAACUUUUGAACCCCCUUGUCUACAGUAUUACAGACAGUAUGCAUUUGGAUUUAUAUCUCAUUUUUUACAUGUACGUAUGAAUUGAGAAUGUUUAAGAAAUGCUUUCGCUGUCCUCAUUUGUAAAUGUAUAUGUCUAAAUUAAAUUAAACAAAUCAUGCUCUUUU